UCGAAGUGACUAUUUGAUACAGCCCUAUAGAACACGACGCAAGUACCUGCAACUCUCUCUCUCUCUCUUGCCUAGUUCUCGUGAAAAAGCCAGAAGGAUCUGGAACAAAAAACAACCCAGCAACUUCUUACCCUGUGGCUCAAAAGCUGUCAUCCACUUGAGUGAAAGGCUGCAAAACACAAGUUCUAGUGACUAUUUGAUACUGUCCUACGCACGGCAAAACUGCAUCGCACCUAGUUAUCGUGAAAACAUCAGAAGACCCAGGCAAAAACAAACCAGGUGGCCAUCUCCAUUCCUAGUUUCUCUCUUAGUCCAGCAGCCGUGUACUGCAGCACACAACCAAACAAAACCCACAUUAUCUUCAAAAAGGAAACAAACGACAGAUAAAAUAAUGACCGGAAGGCCUGCUCGUGUGUGUGUGGAUUGUUGUUGUACAAACCAGUCGUCUGUGUCUGGAGACGAAUGUUGGGAUGACGAGUGGUAUGAAUCACCCCUGCCAUACAUCAAACGACGAUACAUGUAUCUACACCUGACGAGCUGUGGGGUUGAUUCAGACCACUCGUCGCCGACCCAACCCUCGUCUACAGACACUGACAACAUGUUUGUACACCAACAGUUGAGUGUCUCAGUAGACGAGUGUUGGGACAAUGAAGUAUAUGAGUCUCCAUUAUCUCAUAUUAAAACAGCAGCAUCAUUUAAAAAUAUUAUUAGGGAGCAACCACCGAAAAUGUCGAAAACGCAAAAAACAAAAUUUCGACAGGCGGAACGUGAGCGUCACCGACUAUUGUUUUUUAAAUGAUGCUCUUGUUUAUGUGUGGGUAACAGUUAGGCUAAGUUAUUUUUCUUGUUUUGCUGUUUUAGUUUUACCCUUAUUCUCUAGUUUUUAGGUUUUUUCGUGUUAGGUUAGUUUUUGUGUUAAGUUUUGUUGUUAAAGUUAGGCUGGUUUUUGUGUUAAGUUUUGUUGUUAAAGUUAGGUUAGUUUUGUGUUAAAAGUUAGUCUAUAGUUUGGCUUUUUAUUUUUGUCUUUGUAGUUUUUAGGUGUUAGGUUUUAUUUUCUAGUUUUUUAGGGUUUUUCAUGUUAAGUUGCUGUGUUAUAAGAAUAUACUUUUUUCCUCAUU